AUCAGAUUAGCACAUAGAAGAAUCACUGCCGCUUAACAGGAAGCGGCAAAGAGUUAAAGUUUGGUUAUUUUUGAUAAAAAAAUUUUUGAAAAAAAAAAUGAGGUAUUUGAAGACUAGUAUUUUAUUGGUUCUGUUGGUGGCCACGGCAUAUGCUCGUCCAGGAGGAUAUGGCGUCAAGGGGGGCUCCGGAAAUGCUGCCAAAGCGUCCAGCAGCGCUUCAGCGAAUGCUAAAGCAGAAGCUGGUGGAAGCGGAGCAAAUGCAGGUGCAGGAGCAGAAGCAGGAGCAGCAGCAUCUGCUCUAGGAGGUGCAGGAAGUAAUAGCGGUGCUACUGCCAAUGCCAAUGCCAAAGCUGAUGCUAAUGCUGGUGCAGCUGGUGGAGCUGGAGGCCAUGGAGAUGCCGGAGGUCAUGGAGGUCCUGGAAUAGGUGGUCCUAGUGGAGUUGCCGCAGGAAUUGCUAAUUCAGGAGCUGAAGCAGGUGCAGGAGCUGAGGGAGGUGCUUCUGGAUCUUCUGGACCUGGAGGAAUUAAUAAUGCUGGUGGCGAACAUGGUAUUGGAGGACAUGGAUCGAUUGGUGGAAUUGGAGGAGGAUCUCACGGUGGUUCCGGAGCAAAUGCUGCAGGAAUUGGUGGUGCAGGAGCUGGAGCCGGAAAUGGCGCUGGAGCUCAUGGGCCGGAAGGCGGAAUUGGCGGAGGGCCUCAUGGUAGUUUCGGUGGAAUUGCUGGAGGAUCUAGUACUGCAGGAGCAGGGGCAGAAAGUGGUGCUGGGGCUCAUGGGCUGGAAGGCGGAAUUGGCGGAAGACCUCAAGAUGGUUUUGGUGGAAAUGUUGGAGGAUCUAGUAAUGCAGGAGCAGGCGCAGGCGCGGGUGCAGGCGCGGACACAGGAAGUGGAACUGGAGGUCAUGGAUCUAGCGGCGGAAUUGGUGGAGGACAACAUGGUGGUGCCGGUGGUUUGUCCGAAGGAUUCGGUCAUACCGGAGCAGGUAAAGGAAACAAUGCCGGUGCUGGCGGAUUCGGUGGAUCUUCUGGAAUUGGUGGAGCUCACGGACAAGGUGGAAUUGGCGGAGGUCACGGACAAGGUGGAAUUGGUGGAGGUCACGGACAAGGUGGAAUCGCUGGUGGUCACGGACAUGGUGGAAUUGGUGGAGGUCACGGACAAGGUGGAAUCGCUGGUGGUCACGGACAUGGUGGAAUUGGUGGAGGUCACGGACAAGGUGGAAUCGCUGGUGGUCACGGACAUGGUGGAAUUGGUGGAGGUCACGGACAAGGUGGAAUCGCUGGAGGUCACGGACAAGGUGGAAUUGGUGGAGGUCACGGACAAGGUGGAAUCGCUGGUGGUCACGGACAUGGUGGAAUUGGUGGAGGUCACGGACAAGGUGGAAUCGCUGGUGGCCACGGACAUGGUGGAAUUGGUGGAGGUCACGGACAAGGUGGAAUCGCUGGUGGUCACGGACAAGGUGGAAUUGGUGGAGGUCACGGACAAGGUGGAAUUGGUGGAGGAUUUGAAAACUCUGGCGUAGGAGGCAUUUCUGGAGGUGGCGCCCAUGGCGGUGCUGGAGGAUUUGGAAAUGCUGGUGUGGGAAGUAGCAGCGGUGCUAAUGCUGAAGGAGGAGCCGGUGGCAAUGCUGAUGUACUAUUUGGUGGCUCUGUCCCAGGAGCAAUCGCAACUGACAGUCUUCAUAGCGCCGGAAAUGGGGGUCACGGUGGUGUAAAGGGAGGUAGCCAUGGAGCAGGAAUUAUACCUGGUGGAAGCAAUGUUGGACACUCUGGAGCAGGUGGUCUUUCCGGCUCAGAAGCAUCCAGCGGCUCUCAAUCGUCUAGUGGAUCCAAUGCUGGUGGUAGCGGUUCUCAGUCAGGUUCAUCAAGCUCCAGCCUUGCCAGUGGAUCUGGAUCCGGAAGUAACUCCCAAUCCCAAUCUGGAUCGUUCAGCGGAAGCUUCGGAGGUGCUGGAAGCGGUUCCAACAGCUAUAGCAACGCCUCCAGCGGAAGUUCUGGCUUGGGAGGAGCUGGAACCAAGAGUGCAAGUAAUUCUUGGUCCUCCGGUGGUGGCACCGGUUCCUCAUCAUUUUCAAGUUCAAGUAGCUGGUCCGGAGCAGGCCCCUUUGUACGAUCUGAGUCGGGAUUUUUUUUCCCUGAUCAGAUAUCAGCACAUGCUAAUAGCAACAGUCAAGCAUGGUCUGACGGUAAUGGCAACGCCAAUGCAGCCAGUGAGAGUCAGGCGUCGGUCAACAGUGGAAAUCCUUUGCAGUCUGGUCAAUUUCUUCAAAAUUAUCCAAUACAAGGUUAUGAUCCUCAGCAGGGUCUACAAAAUCCCGGUUAUGGUGUUGGAUCUGGUGGUUCCUUGGCUCAGAGUCAAGGACAGGCACAUGUACUGGGUGGACAUGGUACAGCAAGCGCUAAUAGUCAGAGUGCAGCUCAAGGUUUUGGUAACAAUUAUCAGCAGACUGGUCUUGGCUAUGCACCUGAGCAAGGAUACAAUCCUAUUCAAUUAGGCGGCGCAUCCAAUGCUCAGAGUCAGGCUAAUGCACAAGCAACCGGAAAUGGCGCUUUGGCUAAUUCUCAAUCUACCUCACAAUCUCAAAAUGGAUUAUCUCAGAGUCAGAGUAUCUCACAGGCUCAGUCUCAAGGAUUCUACAAUGGUUACCCAUAUAAUUCAUUGACUGGUGCAACUUCUGGUAGCCAGUCGAAUGGUCUUGGAGGAUCAAGUGCAGCAAGUGCAGCAAGCGCCGCAACCACCAGCUUCGUUGGUGGUGUACCCGUAGCUAGUGCCAGUGCAGCAGCAGCAGCAGCUGCCGCUGGAAAUGGAGGAUACUCAAACAGCAAUGCUAACAGUGUCGCAACAGCCACUGGAGGCCAUUCUGGAUUUCAAGGACAUCCUGGUUGGUUCCUAAACGGCAGAAAUUCGGAGAAUGAUUCUGAGAGCAUUUCUGAUGACUCUGAAAGUUUGAGUAGCGAGAGCCAAUCGUCUGACGAGCCUCAAUUUUAUGAGAGAUAGACUGAUUACUUUUUUAAAAUAAAUAAGAAACAAAUAACAAAGUCGAAAUUUAAUUUGACUCUGCAAUUAUCUAAUUUAUGAUACUCUCGGAACUGUGAUUAUUAUAUAAUAAAAAAGUACUCACACCGCCUAUUGCCAAUGAUCGUCAUUAAUGUACUUUGUCAUCGUAAAACACUGCGCUAAUAAAAAAUAAUCAAGUCAUCAUCUUUAAUCGGAAACAUCAUGUGCAUCGUACUGUAAACUCUUACUCUACGUAUAUAAUGACUCAUCUCUAUUUCCUUUGUACGAAUGCAUAAAUGUGUCCACUUACUAAUAUGUAUAAGUAUAUACUUGCUGGGUAUUGCCACUCUGACAUUAGCGGUACUAGCCGAAAGAAAACAAGCUUUGGUAAAUACAGGUUAUGUAAGAUACCGCAUGAAUCAAGAAUCUAUAUUCGCAACUACAAACCGUAAGACAAAUGUAAAAAGUACGAAUGCUUUAUUCAUCUAUGGCAAGAAGCGUGUUAAAUAAAACUGUUAUUUAUAGUCAAA